AUGGAAGUGGAUCAAAAAGGUGAUACUAAAGUAGAAAAGAAGAAGAGGAAGAGAAUCAAGAAGAAGAAGAUCACACCAACAACAAUUCAACGAUUUGAGUUUGCUGAGAUGAAUAUAAAACAUCUUGAACCCGCAAACACUGUGGAGCUUGUUAAACGUGCUAUCAGACUUGGAUACGACACCGUUGUGAUUAAUAUUGAUGUCGGGGAUUUGAGGAGUUGGGAGGAAACAAAUGAGGUGAGUUUUUGAGUUUAUACUUUUUAAAUUUUAGGUAGAAUAUUAUUUUUGCCAGGCAACAAGUCUAUUCUAACUGUAUAAGCGUGAAGAUAAUUGAACGGGCUUGAGUUUUAUAAUAUGUAUAUGUUUUUGUAGCCUCCAAAGAAGAAAAAGAAGAAGGGAAACCAAGAGACAGAGCAGAAGUUUGAUAAAAUACCAGAUCCGUUUGUUGUUGAUGAAAGUAAAUUGGAUUUAAGUCAGCUGGAAGUAAAUGGAAAGAAAUUUAGGCAGUUCAGGUAAUAUUUUAUUAGAUUUUUUGAUGUUUUAGGGUUUUUAUUUGUUCAGGGCUACAAAUUUUAUCAAGCUCAAGGUUUUUGCUUUGUUUUGCUGGUUAGUACCCUAUAUCAACUGACUCGUAAAUUAAUAUACUUUUCAGCCGCCUCACAGUAACCCUAACAGACACGACGAGUAUUCAUAAGCUUCAGCAUCAUCCGAAGCGGACAAAAUUCGAUAUUGUUGCAGUGAGAUGUUUGGAUGAAGGAAUGUUGAGUACAAUGUCAAGGAAAGGAGAGCUUGUUGAUAUAAUUACUCUUGAUACGAAAGACGAAGAUGGAAGGUUUUUAUGGGUACAUAAACAAAAACUUAUUCAAGCAUGUAUAACUGAAGGGUUGACGUUUGAAAUCAGUUAUUGUAACGCUUUGUUCGACAGCAAAUUGAGGCGACAGGUAAGAGAGCAUUGAACGGGAUGGAUAAUAUAGAUUUUGCGUUUGUUUUACGAAUGAUAUUGGUAUCUACUGUUUUUGAAAAUAAUAUGUAAAGACUUGUUCUUUAAUUUUAUAAGUUUUAAGAGAUUGAUUUUUGGAUUUUGGAGGAAUGACUGUCGGUUAAAGUUAUUUUUGUUCAAAAAUCUAUAAUAUUUGCUGUUUUUUUUAUUUUUUAUAGCAUUCUAGAGCAAAUCUUAUGUUAUAAAGCAGAAUUUUAUAUUAAAUUUAAACUUUUUAGAUCCUAUGUAAUGCCAAGAACUUGUACAGGAUAUCGAGAAGAGGUAAAGGGCUGAUAUUGGCAAGUGGUGCUGACAAUAUAAUGGCAAUGAGGGCGCCGUUUGAUACUGCCAAUUUGGGAAUAUUGUUUGGCGCUAAGCCUAACGAAAGCAAAAGGUUUAUAUCUGGUAAGUUUGUUACUAAAACACGUUUCACAUAAUUUUUUGGUUUAUGGAUAUUGUGAUGGACUUUUGACUACUUUUGGGUUUUUAAGGUUGUUUUUGACUAAAAUAAUAUAAGUUUUGAGUAAAUUUUUAUAGGAAAAGUAUAUUUUUUAUAUUCGGAUCAAAAUGAAUUCUAUAUUCCACUUUAUAAAUGUCAUUCUUUUAGAAAACUGCAUGGACGUUCUGCUCAGAUCUCAAUCAAGACGCACAGUUAGAGGCGCUUUUCAUACUGCCAAUCUCGAAAACGUCCCAAUACCUCCAAAUGAAACAAAAGAGUCGCAUCUAGAACAUCUGAAAGCUGUCCCAGAGUUUCAGCAACAAAUUACUGAGUAG